CUGCACUUUAAUUCGAAGAGCUGCCGGCCAUGUUUUGUGUAUAAACCAACUUUUUCCAGUCAGUGUUUAAAGAAUCAAAAGAAUAAUUUUCGUCAGUCGAAGAUCAUGGUAAGGUUUAGUCUUCUAUGAAUCUCAAUUGUGUGAGUAAUUUAGAUUGAAAGGCCCAUAAUAGUGGCCAUGUCAGGAGGUUACCACGAUAGGACAGCCCUUCGGUUGGUUUGCAUGUUCAUCUUUUUCCCAUGUUCGUAAAAUUUACUUUUCCGAUCUAUUUUUUCAAACGUUUAUCAAGAUUACCUUUAUAGAUCUAUGAAUUGAAAUACAUCUUAAAUGAACCGCCGUCACUUUAAUGUAUUUCAUGAGAACAGCCAGAAUACGUUGUCUAAAAAGGCUUGAAUUUGCGCAACGGAAUGCGUGCACGUACCACGAUAAGUGUACGUACAAGUUUCACGCUUUUGAAGUUUUUUUCAUAUAAUAUUAUAUAUAAACAAAGCUUAAUUCAUUGCUUAGGUUUUCUCUGUUCCCUGUAUUUAGAUUUGAUUUGUAUGUGCCUUUCCAAUUCUAGGAAAUUCCAAAGGCAAAUGCAAAUCCACAACGAGUGGCCCUGAAAGAAACACAAGACCUAAAAGUAAGACUACAACAAAUUCAACUAUCGACAUCGAAUAGCCAGGUUUGUCAAAAAGGACAGAAUGCUACUUUGUUUACAUGUAACGGCUCCCACAAAACUCUUCCCGGUGGACAGUUAAAUCAAAAGAAAGAAGCAGGUUACAAAGCAUCUGAAAAACCAGAACAAUGCAGCUCUGUGCAGAAACAAAAUUACAUAUCAGCUCAACGAACAGAUCAUCUGGUCGCUCCUACUCAUGGACAUAAAAAAGACGAGAACAAGGAAAAUGAACCAAAAGACGGCGGAAAACCAAAGAGUGCAAGGUACCUAAAUUACUUUUCUUUAGUUUUAUAGAUAGAAAUUAGAGAGCGAUUAUUGUAGUAAAUCAGAUGUAUUUUCAUUCACCUUUUUUAGGGCAUGUUGGUGUUUGGAUGACUUUGAUAUUGGGAAACCUCUAGGAAAAGGUUAGUACAUGAUCCACCAUCUUUUGUCUAAUUUGAUCAUGAGACUAUGGUUUAAUGAAUUUACGUUACACAUGAAUGUUUUCAGGAAAGUUUGGCAAUGUUUAUCUGGCAAGAGAAAAAAAGAGCAAAUAUAUUGUGGCCCUCAAGGUAAGAUAAUAAAGGCUUCCAGAUUUCAUAUUUCCUACUCAUGUGUUUGGUUUUUCUGAUAAACAUUAGGAUGAAAUCCCACUUUGAGAAAGACAUUAGGGUGCUUAUCCUCAGGCUCUGGUUGGGUGGUUAUUGAAAUGGCCAUGAAAUUCAUGGUUGUAGGGGCCGUCAUUAUAGAGUAAGGUACCGGGGGGUUACUUGGGUUAACAUUUGCUGGAUAUGUGCCACUGGCCUCUCAGAACCCCUGCCCAUGAAAGUCUAUUCACCCUUCUGCCCCUCCUACUUAAACUUAAAUAAGCAGUAUCUGCUUCUCGGGUGACUAACCCAUUUGCCGGUGUUACGAUGUCGGACAUUGAGGAUGCAGUACCAUAGAAUUCACUUACUGACUUGAGUGACAAUGAGAUUGAAAUUGAAAUUAAGAACUAAUAACAUACUUCCCCAAAGACAGAAUUUUCUUCAGAUUAUUUUACAGAAACCUUGCUUUGUUACAUCUUUAGAUUUUGAUAUUACCAUUUAUUGUUUUGUUGCAAAAUAAACAUACUACACUUGCUGAAAAUGGCGAAAAUUUAAUAAGCGCCCAGCCUCUAUUAAGCGCCCACCUCGAAUAAGCGCCCACUCCCAAGGUCCAAAAUUUAACAAGUGCCCAUGGCAAUUAAUCUAAUAAAUACGCUAAGUCACUUUCUGUUAAUGCAUCUACGUUACAACCUACCAUAGGUCAUCCUGAAAUAAACUGACACAAUUGUUAAACCUAAUGUGGUGAAAAUCUUUCUAUUUUUAAAUGCCUACAAACCUGCCUGCAAAAACAGAUGUCUCUCCUCUCCCAUCGCCGCUGAAGGAUGUUUCAUGAGAAGGAACAUAAUUAUGCGACUCAGCAACAGAAAUUCCAUACUGAGGACAUAAAAUAUGUCCAGAAUCCAGUCAUAAGUGCUGAUUGGAUGACAUAGUAGUUGCAUUGUUUUAGCUAUCGUUUAUGAAUGACAGACAAAAGGCUACAAAGGUCAAAUGUAAGCGAGAUGAAUCUAUAACAAAACAGUCAAUAUUUGUGAAAUAUAUUCUUCUCUAGAAGAAGCAUGUGAGUUUUGCGGGAGCUUAUUGAGCAGAUGAACACAACACUUUACCAAAGUCGACCAGGAGAAAUUUAAAGUUGAACAAAUUUGCAAUUUGAACUCCAUGACCAACAGAUUUAUUAUGUGAACAUUGAUUUACAUCAUUAUUAUGGAAUUUCUGUCCCUGAGUCGCAAACGUUCCUCCUUGUAAAACGUCCCCAGUGGCAAGGAGCAAGGAGAAACGGCUGUUUCCGCAGGCUAGAAUUUUCAGACCCCUAAAAUCCUGAAAAUAUAUAUGCGACCCCAUUCUAGUAACUCUUAUAAAAAUGCAACCCUGCAAUAGUCAAUCCAGUCAUGAAAAUGCAACCCCAUCCAACGGCACAUACAUAAGCCUGCUAUUAGUAAGUACCCCCACUUCCCCCGCCAGGAGUAAAAAAGACUUUUUUUAGCGACACAUGUCAAAUGGAAGUGGACUUUUUGCAUAAAAACAUUUGGCAAAACAAAUCUGGUAAGGGAAAAGGCCUCCCUUCCAGUUGACAUGCAUCAUUUAAAAACAUCUUUAAUUAUCUCCCUAUUAUUUUGUAUGUAUUAAAGGGGGGCAAGGAAAUAUUGUAAAUUGCAACUGAAGAUAAAACUUCUGCAAGGACCCAAAAUGGAAAGUGUCUCUCUUUCAAUCAGUAAUUUAAUUUUGCAACCCCAUCCCCACCAUACUUUUUAGGUAGUGGUGCAAUUUUGGGAGAACAUGACUAAAAAAGAGUAAAGUUUUGGAUAUUUUAAAAUUUCACGAGAGUUUUGUUUUUUUGUUUUUUUUUUUCAAUCUGGGUGCAAUGCAGUUGAGGCAUCAGUGAUUGCUUUUUAAAGCAAUUAAGUCUUGUCACUUGAUGGGCUACUAUUAAAACUGAGGCAAACAACUAAUAUUAAAUAAGGUGGAUCCAAACUCAUUCACUAAGGCAUGUUGGGGAUAGAUUGGUCUUCAUCAGUGCCAAAAAUAUUACAAGAAGUGAUCUUUAUUUUCGUUGGGUUAUAUUCCCUUACCUAUUUGGAUCCUUGAAAUAAUUCCAUCUUCUUAGAAGCUUUCUCUCCAACACGACAUAAAUUAUUCAUAAGACAUCUCGCACAACCUAAAACAAUGACCCCCCCUGUUUAUUUUGUAAAAAAUUAAGCCCUACCCCACCUCCUCUAACCCGUAGUUACUAAAACAAGGAAUGACCUACAAUGAUCUACAAUGACAUACAAUGAUCUACAAUGACCUACAAUGAGCUACUAUGACCGAACGUGUAAUCCCUGUAAUGAGCUAAAAUGAAGAUUUUAGAAAAAGACAAAAAAAAAAGAUCAGGGGACGUGUGCGUAAACGUAACGCGUUUAGUCUACUGCAUGACAGCCCAUUUAACGAUGAUAGUAUCUCUAAUUAUUACGCUUGGAGAUAAAUUUACAGUGUAAUAAUACAUGUAUGAUGAUACUGUGACUUUUGUCCAAACCAUCCCUUGCAACCUUUCGCAUUAGUUUUAUUUUGUCUUGUCUUUUUUUCAAACAAAUUAAACAAACACAGUCACCCCAACAGUCGUUCCAGGGGGAUCCUCAAGGGACGUAAGGGUAGAGGUGAACAAAGGAGGCCUUCAAAUUCUGACCCUGUUCAAAAGAAAAAUUGUUCAUUUUUUUUAAGUACCCUGGCCUGUAUAAGACAUCAUAAGACCCUUUAAAUGGCUUCCGGUCCACCAGGAUGCUCUGUUUGUAACGCUAUAGAGUAAAAUCCAUAUCCUGCUCAGCGGCCCAUACCCAUCUAGGCCAAAUGAGGAAGUGCUUGCAUGACUUCCGUCAAUAGAGCGUAUAAUAGUGCUAUACCGGUAAAAACGCGAUUGCAAUAAUCUAUUUUCAAGUUUCUCAAGUUACCUGAGAUCAGGCACAAUUUUUGUUUUGCCUUUUCAAAAUGUGCUUGGCAAUUUAAUACCAUGAGCCUAGUGUCACGUCCAAGCGUGACACACGACAAACAUCAUUGUAGUCUGUCAUUUUGUAGCUCAUUGUAGGGCUUAUUUUAACUCAUUUGAGCUCGUAGUAGCUCAUUGUAGCUCGUACUAGUUCAUCGUAGAUCAUUGUAGGCCAUUGUAGGUCAUUGUAGGUUAUUCCUUGUUUUAGUAACUACGACACACGUUCCCUGAUCUUUUUUUUUUUGGUCUUUUUCUAAAAUCUUCAUUUUAGUUCAUUACAGGGAUUACACGUUCGGUCAUUGUAGAUCAUUGUAGAUCAUUGUAGGUCAUUGUAGGUCAUUCCUUGUUUUAGUAACUACGUCCUCUAACCACCCUUGACCCGCCCUUCAAUAUUUUGCAUUUCAAAUUAUUUGUCUGUUGCUUCCAGGUUUUGUUCAAAUCACAACUAGAAAAAAAUCAUGUGGAACAUCAGCUUAGAAGAGAGAUUGAAAUUCAAUCACAUCUCAGGUGAAUGUUAAAAGUUUCAUUUAUCUUCUAUCUAACUAGGCAAGACAUUUUUGCUACGGUGAAACCUUAUGGGAAAGAGGUGUAUACAUUACAGACUGGGUCAGAAUUUAAAUGAAGUUUGGGGAAGGGGAAGUCAGGAACAAGGGUUAGUGUCCAUGCAUGAGAGAGAGAGAGAGGUGUGUCUAGAUUGUUCAUAUGGGGAGAUUAAAAUUCAGCACAUACAUGUUUGCAUUCAAGUCAAACCACUAGCCAUUUUACAUAAAGAACCUAAAGUCUUACAAUUUCUUUUUGCUUUAACCCCGUAAGCCCCAAUAUCCAAAUACAAAAUUCUCCAGACUGAUCUCCAUACAUUUCCUUGAAGAAUUGGUUAAGAGAAUUAAUUAAUGUUUGUAUAUAUCAAAGCUUUUCCCAUCAGGGCCCGGUUCCCUCAAAAGAUGGUUAACUUUAACCCAGGAUUAAGCCAAACUUUAAGCAAGGUUUUCUCGUCCAAGAAUAUCCAACUUGAACUUACAACAUACCGUUGAGCCUUUACUCCUAGAUAAAGUCAACACAAAAUGUUACUCUAAGCACUACAUAGAAAUUAAGGUACAAUAUAAAAAUGGAACAAAAUUUUAAUCCUGGAUUAAUGCUAAAUGGCUUUCAGGAACUACGCCCAGGUGAUUAUUUUGCUAAUUCUCACAACAUUUUGCCUUGAUUAUUUAGUGAUUUUGUUGGGAGAAAAUUGACUUUGGUCACUCUUGGGUCUUAAAGGGUUAAGGCAGGGUGUGCAAAAACCUUUGUCCGAUUGUCCGGGACAGGAAGAAGCUUAAGUGCAGUUCGGACAUGUAAACCUUUGACAUGACUCGUCUGUGGGACAAGCACAUUUUUAAUAAUUAUAAAAAAAAAGAUUGUCUUCAAAUUACCGUAGAAUUAAAAUUCAUCUUAAAAGUCAUAACUGCAAACCUCAUACAACUUCGCCAUUCAAUGGUCAUUUCAUUUGUUUUUGAGAGCUCCGUAUUUACUAUUAGGUUUAAGCCAAAAACAAGGCUAAUAAUGUGAUUAAAAACAUCAAAUACCCGAUUGUUUUUUAGUUUCGAGCUAAAAUUAACUUUUUGGACUUUACAAGAUCUCUUUGGUUUAGACAAUCAAAUUUAAUGUACAUCACUACUGUAGUGCUUCCCUGAAGGACAAGUGGACUGGAAGAUUUUUCUCUUACCCUGUAAGGUAAUUACUAGGCAGUUAAGUAUACUUUAAUUGCUUUGUGUAUUAACAAUUUCUGAACUUCCAUUUUUUUAUAGACAUCAUAAUAUUCUCCGUUUGUUUGGAUACUUCUAUGAUAAAACAAGAGUUUAUCUGAUUUUGGAGUAUGCUCCAAAAGGCGAGCUGUAUAAAGAGUUAACAAAGAUGGAGAGAUUUGAUGAAAAAACAUCAUCAAAUGUAAGUACCGUUUUUUGAAUGUUAAGUGUUGGUUAUUUCUUGCAGCAAUUUGUUGUCUGGAAAAGUAAUGUUUAGAUUGAUUUUUUUAACAAAAUUAAUUCUUUCUUUUGUAUUACAAUACAAGACUGUUACAAGCCUUUUCGGGCAAGUCUGUUAAUAGUACUUAUUUAAUUUUUUUUGGGUGGUAGGGACCAGAAAUGGGGUGGGGGGGGGGUGGGUGCUUAUUUGAGUAUGAGUUUGAGUUUGAGGCGGAGGGAGGCGGGGUGGGGGUGGGCACUAAUUCGAGGCUGGGCGCUUAUUCAAGGUGGGCGCUAAUUCGAGGUUGGGCGCUUAUUCGAAUAAAUACGGUAUUUAGUAUUUUUAGUCUUGGUUUGGACCUUUCUUUAAACCACCAAUUGUGAUGAAACCUUCCUAACAAAAGAUGAUUAUUAGUAUUUAGUAUUAUUCAUUUAUUCAAUCUGAUUAAUAAUAAAAUUAAUAUCAUUAUAGUCAUGAGUAAGUUGUGUUUUGAUUUGAAUGAUUUCACCUGCAGUAUAUUCGCCAGUUGGCUGAUGCUCUGAAGUAUUGUCACUCAAAGAAAGUGAUUCACAGAGACAUCAAACCAGAAAACUUACUUCUUGGACUAAAGGUUUGGCAAUGUUACAUGUCUUCUCUUUAAAUUUCUAAAAGUUGUUUCCCAAGUAGCUUGCAGCUGCUGAAUUUGGUAAAGCAAGUCACUGACUUUGCUUAGGGCCAGCAAGAGUUGUUCGUGAUCAUAAAACUGCAAAGCCUUUCAGUUGUUCAGCGAUGUCCUCUGCAUUUGACACCAUCAGGGAUCUUAAUAACUGGUUGCUUUCAAGAGUUCUGGGUUAAACUCAUCAUCAUCUUCUCUGUCCACCUCAGUGUCCAUAUAAUAAUUGAUUCAGUUAUGUAAUUUAUGGUGACUGUGAGAAAGUUACAAUAAAAAGAGCCAUAUGGGAAAUCCAAACAGGGAUAAUUUAAUAGAGCUCAAAAAUUUAUGGUAAAUAUGGCAAGUAAAUCUGGAAUUUGAUAGAGGGUCACUUAAUAGAGGUUUGAUUGUAGUUAACAAAAAUAUUUAUUUAUUUGUUUUUCUUUUUCACUUGUAGUUGUUUUUUUUAUGUGUGGGGGGCCAUUAUGAAAACUAGCGGGUCACUGGUAGUAAUGCUUCCACCCCUUUGUUUAAUAAAGAUAUCAAAUAAUACUAUAUGGGAUAUUGAGAGCAUUUAUAAUUUACUUGGGCUUGCAGGGAGACCUUAAAAUUGCAGAUUUUGGAUGGUCCGUCCAUGCACCUUCAUCCAGGUAAACAAACCCCUGUUCUCUUUCCUUAAACAUCAAAAUAACAGCAACUUUUACCAAGAAGUACCAAUAUUAAAUUAAUUUAUUUUCAAGUACAGUGAAACCUGCAUUAAGCGGACACCCUCGGGGAAUGCUGUAGUGUCCGCUUAAUACAGGGUGUCCGCCUAAUACAGGUUUUGAUAUAUAACGUCAUAUGAGGUGUCAGAUGCCAUUCAAAUGAACAGUGGAAGCGUUUAUAAUACUCCCAGAGACUAUGACGAUAGACGUUUGCAUUAAUUUCUUUAUCACAGUGAACCAAUUGAUCAUAGUGCCAUAAACAUGGAUUGCAACUCAAAUUUGAAGAAAUCAGAUGAGUGAAACAAGCUCUAUUGACUAUACAAACAACACGAAAUAGAAAACAAUCUGUUACUGUGAAACUAAUCAAAUAAGUUCGUCAAGUCACAUUUUUUAAUGUUAAAAUCGAAAAAUUUGUGGGUGACAAUUCGGGGCAAUCUUUCGCAUUUCCGGUGUCUGGCAUGUUGGGUGGUGGAAUUUAAUUACAAGUGUCCAUUUAAUACAGGUUGGCAACAAUAGAAAUGGCCCUUUUUAGGUACUUUUGAGGUGUCCGCGUCCGCUUAAUAGAGGUGUCCGCUUAAUAAAGGUUUCAUUUAAAGUAAAUAAGGGAAAUAAAUUUGGGGACUUCGGCUACAGUGUCCGCUUAAUAGAGGGUGUCCGCUUAAUACAGGUUUCACUGUAUUACAGCAAGGAGCCCAAAAGUAUGACCACUUUUAAUUUAUUCACAUUCUCUUGUACAACCUCGUUCCCAGGGUUCUCUCCUACCCGCCCUACGGAGCUCCGUAGGGUGGGUAGAAGAGAACCCUGGGAUUGAGGUUGUCUCUUGUACAGAUUUAAUCCAAUCAGAAGCCAGCUGGAAACUGUCCUCGACUUCUGAUUGGUUAAUGUCUGCAUGAAAGAAUGUGAGUUAAUUAAAGGAGAUCAUACUUUUGGGCUCCUUGCUGUAAUUUAAUGACAAGGUAAUUUGCACUGAUAGAUGCCAUGUACAUUUAUUAUAUUCCAGACAUGUUGACUUAUUUUUAACUAUGAGAAAUUUUUUUGACUCAAAUAAUGUACCACAAAAAAUUUCAGACGGACAACACUUUGUGGGACUCUGGACUACCUUCCCCCAGAGAUGAUUGAAGGCAAAGAGCAUGAUGAAAAGGUAAAUAAAGUUUGUUUUUAACCUUCACAACUACAUAAUUAUAUUGUUCCCUCAGUAGAUCCUAUUAUUAUAAGUUGUUCAACAGGUUCUUGAUACCUGUAUUCUCCAUUUAAUGUAAAAAAAAGACAGUCCAAAAGAAACUCUGGUCAAUACAUGUUUCACUGUAUAAAUAAAGUGGAAAUCCUGUGAAAUUUGUAUUGCACUCUUAAAAAGGAAACUCCCAACCUGUGGCUUGAAUGCAAAUUCUAUAUCAUGUUGGCUUUAUAAUUACAAGCCUACGAACACAGACGUAUUUCUGGUCAUUGCUUCUCUCCACCCGAAAAUAGCAAUGACCAGAAAUGCAUCUGUCUCCGCAGGUUACAUGUAUAUAAUUCAACACCAAUACUUUGUUCCAGGUUGACCUUUGGAGUCUGGGUGUGUUAUGUUAUGAAUUUCUGGUUGGAAAACCACCUUUUGAAGCUGAAGGUCAUCAAGAAACGUAUCGCAGAAUUUCAAGGGUGAGCAGACCACUAAUGUAGGAGCUGCUCAUAAGGUGUUUCCUCAUUGGUCACAGAAAACAAACUAAACACAGCAGCAUUGUUUAUCAUUAACAUCCUCCACACACAAUCCAGAUAGCAUUAUCACAAUGUAAUUUAAGACUCAUAAUAAUUGCUGCAAGAUCUGCCAGUAAGAUCGGCCCUGUCCCCUGCACAAUACUUGUGUGAGGGGGACCUUCUUCCUUUGUUGAGUGUUAAGAUAGGGAAGUUGGAUAUUAAAUAUUUGAAAACUUGUUCUUUGCUACAAAAAAUAAAUUAUGUAAAACCCCUUUUUUACUUUGCAAUCAUGAUGAACAUGGAAAGAAUGUCACCAUACGGGAUGCAAAGAAAAUCAUUUUUACAGCUUGCCAUUCGGGUAAGCUGAAGCUAGCAUUUACUAGCCCAGAUGUCAUUUCAACUAACCCCAAAAGCUUUUUGAUAAGCAGAAUUGAUUUCACAGUUCUUCUGUUAUUCAAAUUCCUCAAAAAAACAUCACUUGCCCAUUGGGCAAGUUAAAAACAGAAUUCACUAGCCCGAUAGCAAAAUUUACUAGCCCUGGGCUAUUGGACACAACUUUCUUUGCACACUGCCAUACAUGUAAAUCAUGUGCAUUAUUAAAAUUUCUGUCAUUAUGUUAUGUAUUCUUGACUCUCACAAGGAGAAUGAAUAUGAACCAGUAAAAAGAUCUUUCUUUUUUAUGAGUUCUUUUCUCAUAGUCCAUGUUUCUGCUUCAUACAACAGUUGUCAGCAAGCAAUGUUUUUGAAAUAAGUUUUAACAAUAUAAACUGGGUAGAAAUGACUAUGAUAAAUACAUGGACAUGUACCCUUCAAAUGACAAUGAAAAUGUGCCUUUUUUUUUAGGUUGACCUCAAGUUUCCUGACCAUGUGUCUGAAGGGGCUAGGGACCUUAUUUCCAGGGUGAGAGCAGACAUUUCAUCAUUAUUUACAACAACAUCUCAUUCUUGUAACUUCAUAUUACUAAAACUGUCAACUGGAUAAGGCAAACACCACAGGGCUGGAUGCUGAGUGUCAAUCUUAAAAAGGUGUUGACCUUAUAAUUACAGAAAAUGACUGAAGAAAGGUAGAGACUAACUAUCAGGCCCAGGUGUCCAUUAAAAGACGUACAGUUGAUUGUAUUGCCCAUCUUUUUCAGAUUACAGGAAAUAAUAUGAAUUACAAGAAUUACAUGUAACAAACACUAUGGUUGUUUUCUUGUUUCUACACAGCUUCUAGUUCAUGACCCCAGAAAAAGGCUGCCUUUGAGUGGUGUUCUAGCUCAUCCUUGGAUCAGAAACAAUGCACAACCUCCAACAAUGCUGCACCCUCCAGCAGUAUAGCAGCAAAGCAUGAGUUCAAUAGAUUAAUGUACAUUUAAAUUUGUGCAAAUAGAUGUAUCAUUGUAUUACCCCUACCCAUGUAAAUAGAAGGGUGCCAAAAUACAUUCCACUUCCACUGAAACAGAGAAGUCGCUCUUUUUGCUCAAGUUGAACAAGGAGAGAAUUCAUAUAAAUAUUCCAACAGCUCCCAUUAGCAAAGUAAACAUGGCCCACAUUACUUAGCAACUGUCUUUAUUGUGCCAGUAAGUCCAGACAGACACAUGUUAAGGACACAAAUGUGUCUUGGAAAUGUCUUUUUUGUAGAAAAAUGUUAAACAUGAUGACAACAAGUCUUUGUUUGUUCUUGACUAGAUUAUUUUACUGGCAACUUGUUUUGACAUAAAUAAAGUUUAAUAAACUAAAAAUAGAACUUAGCUAGGCUUUAAUAGCAAGAAUGAU